AAUUUUGCUUGCUUUAGUGAUUUCUUGGAAUCAAUCAAAUUUCCCUGUGGAAUUAAAGUCUUCUGGGUAUUGUGCACUGCAGGAAGAAGAAGGCGGCCCGUCCUGCCUUGUUACAUCCCGGUGCUCAUUUCAAUGCGAGAGUAAACUAAUCACUUCCUCAUAAACUCAUAAUUCAGAAAGUCUGAUUACAUUCUGGUUGUAGAGAAAAUACCAUUUUCUGUAGCAUACUGCAUACUGUGUAUGCUAAAUACUGUAGCAGUGGGUGAGAUGCUAAUCAUGAACCUUGAUAUUUUGGCAAAACACAGUCUCACAAUAUUAGAACCUCAUCAUCACAUUUAAAUGUGUAUAAUUCAUAUUUAUACCACAAUUCGAAUCUAAUCACUGAGAGAACAAUAACUUUCUGAUUAUCCUCCCCAUGAACAAUGGGCCUUGUUUAUCAAGCUGGAUACGAACGGAUGUAUUUGUAAAUCGUUCAUACGAGCUUUUAAACAAGAAAUUUGGUAUGAAAUGAAAAUCCAGUAAAUUCGGAAAAACGUUCGUAUCCUACUCGAGCUCCUGAAUGUGUGUAAAUUUACGCAUAAGAGACUUCAAAUAAUGUCAUUUGCAAAGGAGUUACUGCAUUCUAAUAUGCUAAAUUUACAACUCUCAAGCAACUUUACUGUCACAUUUAAAUGUCUUUAAUUUAUAUUUAUAUCACAGCACUGCUGAAUUCUUGAAUCUGAUUGGUCAGAAGGUGUUGAUUUCAUUUUUCUUUCUAUAACAGCAGCUCUGAUGUUAUACUUUUUAUCUGUAUAUAGUUACAUUUAAUGUUGUUGAACGUCCACCAAACAUUUUAGUUUUUCCUCAUUUUUUAAUAUUAAAAAAAUGCAGCUUGCUGAAAAACUGCAAAGUACAAAUUUCUCAGUCCUGGAGUCUUUCCCAUGUCUGAAAUCUUAAAGGAACAGCUUUAUGUUUAUGUCUAUUACAAAGUGCUAAGACUGAUUCCAUAAAUUUUAAUAAGCGUCUCCUUACAGAAAACUUCUCCUUAGCAAUAAAUCUACGGCUGAAACUAUUCUUAGAGAAACUCAACAACUUCUGACCAAUCAGAUUGGAGAAUUCAGCAGCACUUUGGUAUGCAGUGGUUUAGCUGCUGCUUGGGGGCAGUUGUGUGGUGAUGUGUGGUGUGUGGCACUGCCCCUAAUAUUAAUAUAAGUGAUAACUAAGAAGUGAUAGUUUCCUUAAGUUCAUCCAAAAACUUGUACUGAAGACCAAUAAAUUGCUUUAUUCUGUAAUAAAAUGCAUAACUGGACACAGGAAUGCCAUUAGACAGCAGUAAACGUAACACACCUACACUUUUACCCUCAUCAAGAAAUCGGCGAUUUUUAAUUAUCCAAAUCAUAAACUAAGAUUAAUUAUGGUUUUACUCUUUCAUAAGCAAGUGACAGAUUGGUGUCCCAUCGAGGGUGUAUUCUCACCUUGCACACAGUGUUGCUGGGAUAGAUCCCAAGAUGAAUGAAUGAAUGAAGCAGUGACAAUAAAAUGUCCUGCCCACUGAGUUUGAGUUGACUUUUGUGUGGAAAAAAAACUGGAAAGGAAAAAAUACAGACAAUCAGUCAAUCAAUCAAUCAAUCAAUCAAUCAAACACCACUUAGAAGUGUUUUUGUUUUUGUGUGGUAAAAUUGGGUUACGCUGUGUCCUCAUGCCCUGUGUCCUCCACACACACAUCACUGAGGGACCGGGGAGCUUGAGCCGCACUCUCUCUCCCUCUCUCUCUCUCCCUCUCUCUCUCUCUCUCUCUCUCUCUCUCGCUCUCUCUCUCUACGGUUCAGCGGCGCAGGGAGCCAAUCAGAGCGCAGGACCGGAAACAGCGGGAAGCAACUCACUUGCACACACACACACACACACACACACACACUCUGCCUCUUAUGGACAGAGAGAUGCGUGUUAGUACAGAGUGCGGAAUGGGAACAUUACCAUGCUGAGGACGGAGAGUUCACACACAGAGGCGGAUUCCUCAUCUAACCCACAUCAUGCCUUACAUUACCAACCUGCUGUUUCUCAUUUUCUGUCUGAUUCUGAUUGUCGAAUGUGGGAAGCAGAAGAGCAGGAAACGCAGGUGGUCUGCAAACCUGGAAACUCAUAAACACGGACCCCCGCUGUCCAAAAAGGUGGUCGAUGGAACCAAGACAAGAAAAGUGAAAACAAACCAUUUGCUCCGGGUGGAAGAUCAUGAUUUUACCAUGAGGCCAGCAUUUGCAGGUCCAGCAGUUCCUGUGGGUGUGGAUGUGCAGGUGGAGAGUUUGGACAGCAUCUCAGAAGUGGACAUGGACUUCACUAUGACCCUAUACCUGAGGCAUUACUGGAAGGACGAGCGCCUGUCCUUCCCCAGCACCACCAAUAAGAGCAUGACUUUUGAUGGUCGUUUGGUGAAAAAGAUCUGGGUUCCCGAUGUUUUUUUCGUCCACUCCAAACGCUCCUUCAUCCAUGACACCACCACGGACAACAUCAUGCUCAGGGUCUAUCCUGAUGGACACGUUUUGUACAGCCUCAGAGUGACAGUAACUGCAGCGUGUAACAUGGACUUCAGUCGCUUCCCUCUUGACACACAAACCUGCACACUGGAGUUGGAAAGUUAUGCCUACACAGAUGAGGAUCUCAUGCUUUACUGGAAGAGUGGAGAUGAAUCUCUCAGCAUAGACGAUAAGAUUUCGCUCUCUCAGUUCCUCAUUCAGAAGUUCCACACCACCUCCAGACUGGCCUUCUAUAGUAGUACAGGUUGGUACAACCGCCUGUACAUCAACUUCACCCUGAGACGUCACAUUUUCUUCUUCCUGCUGCAGACCUACUUUCCUGCUACUCUGAUGGUCAUGCUGUCCUGGGUGUCCUUCUGGAUCGACCGCCGCGCUGUCCCUGCCAGAGUGUCCUUAGGCAUCACCACGGUGCUCACCAUGUCCACCAUCAUCACAGGUGUAAAUGCCUCCAUGCCCCGAGUGUCCUACAUCAAAGCUGUAGACAUCUACCUGUGGGUCAGCUUCGUCUUCGUCUUCCUCUCUGUCCUCGAGUACGCAGCUGUGAACUACCUGACUACUGUAAAAGACGGAAAAGAACGCAAAUUCAGGGAAAAGGCCAGACAUCAGCAGUCUUUGCCUUGUACAUGUGGCCUGCCUCAUGGCAAGAGCAUGAUGGUGGACGGGACGUACAGCGAGGCAGACAGCAACAGCCUUGCCGGUUACAGCCGUGCACCCAACGGUCCUGAGGAGCUGAAUGAUAAACAUGAGCGCAUGGUGGUGCACCUCGCCGUCGACAAUGAGUCCACAGGCGCCAAGAAGAAAGGCCUCCGCGGCUUCCGCAUCAUCCACAGCACUCAUGCCAUUGAUACAUACUCACGCAUGAUAUUUCCUGGAGCCUACAUCUUUUUCAACCUCAUCUACUGGUCCGUCUACUGGUGAAUCCUCAUGGCUAGGGAGUACAGGGUUUUGAACAUUAAACCAUUACAGCACAUCUUAAUGGAGUCUAAAGACAGUUAGUUGUCUAUUAGAUGUAAAUGAAUGAAGCAAGUAACAAGACUCAAUUUGCCAAAAUUUGCCAAACCCACGGCAAAUUCGCAGACUUGUGCUAUUCAUUCUGAAAUCUCAAAUAAAUGGAUGUACGGUGUAUAAUGGAGGAGCAAUCUAAUAUAUAGCAGAACCUUUUUAAUCUCUUGACAUGGCAAUAGGAUGUUUCACUGCUCAGAUGGCAAACGCUGCACCAUAAAGUCUGACUGACUUUCGAAAAGCUCCGAUUUUUCCACUCGAUUUUUGAUAAACUGCCGAGGGAGAUCAAAUCAACUUUCUUCAUGUUCUUCAACUUCCUUUCUAAUUUAAAGCACAGAUCUUAUGCCACUCUCAUGGCUGAGUUGUUGAUGUUCAGACUCAAAUUGUGAACUUAUGGUUUCUAUACAUUGAGCAUUGGUUUCACAUCUAGCCAACAACCCAUAAUUUAAAUGGGGAACACAAUAUUUACCUCCAUUCCACUAUACCAGCAUCUAAUGUAUAAAGUGAGGCAGAUUCAUAGAUCAUUAUGAAGCAGGAGGUUACUGAUAUAGCUACAGUUUCAUCAGCUGUCCUAUUUACAGUGCACAUUUUCAAAGACACUAUAAUUACAGUCCCCUCCGAAACUAUUGGAACGGCAAGGCCAAUUCAUUUGUUUUUGCUGUAGACUGAAAACAUUUGGGUUUGAGAACAAGAGAUGAAUAUGAGAACAUAGUUUAAAAUUUCAGCUUUUAUUUCUGGUGUUCAACAACAUAGAACAUAGCACAUUUUGUAUCAGACCACCCAAUUUGUAAGCAAGCAAAAAUAUUGGAACAUGUGACUGACAGGUGUUUCUUGUUACCAAGGUAUGUCCUGUUAGAUGGAUUGUUUAAAUAAUAAAUAGCUCUGAACAUCUACUCUUGGUUUUAGCCUUCAGUUUCACCUGUGAAGACUGCAUUUGUUGUUAAAAAAAAAAAGGAUAAGCCAACAUGAAGAUCAGAGAGCUGUCUAUGGGAGAAAAGUAAGCCAUCUUGAAAGAAAAUGGGGAAAAUCAAACCAAGGCAUUACACAAACAUUGGGCUUAGCCAAUACAACAAUUUGGAAUGUCCUGAAAAAGAAAGAAACCACUGGUGUACUGAGCAACAACAGCAGCUAAUGACAGAUAUAUUGUGAAAGCUGUGAAGAAAAACCCAUAAACAACAGUCAGUGACAACAACCAAGAAGACUUCGAGAGCAGAAAUCUAGAGGUCAUACCACAUGAGUGCAAAACACUCAUCAACAGUAAGAAUCAGAAGGCCAAAGAAAUUCGCAGAGAAAUACAGAGAUGAAUCACAAAAGUUCUGGAAGAUUAACCUCUACCAAAGUGAUGGAAAGGCCAAAGUGUGAAGGAAGAAAAGAUCUGCUCAUGAGCCAAAACCUACAAGCUCAUCUUUGAAACAUGGUGGAGGCAGUGUCAUGGCUUGGGCUUGCAGGGCUUGCACGGCUGCUUCUGGAAUGGGCUCACUGAUCUUUGCUGAUGAUGUAUCUCAUGAUGGUAGCAGCAGAAUGAAGGCAGAAGUCUACAGGAACAUUUUGUCUGCCAAUUUACAGAGAAAUGCAUCCAAAUUAAUCAGGAGGAACUUCAUCAUGCAGCAAGACAAUGAUCCAAAACACACUGCCAACACAACAAAGGACUUAAACCAAUCGAGCAGAAUUUCACCUCCUGAAGAAGAGACUGAAGGGAGAAAUCCACCAAAACGAUACAACAACUGAAAGAGGCUGCAGUAAAAGCCUGGAAAUGCAUCACAAAAGAAGAAACCAACAAUUUGAUGAUGUCAGUGAGUCACAGGAUUGAUGGAGUCAUUGCAAGCAAGGGAUAUUCAACCAAAUAUCAAGUGUUAUUUACUUUAAUUUACUUCAAGCCUUAUCUGUUCCUAUACUUUUGCUCAGCUAAAAAUUGGGUGGUCUUAUACCAAAGGUUCUAUGUUUUAUGUUGUUUAACACCUCUAGAUGUAAAUACCGUGAAAUAAAAGCUGAAAUCCUAAACUCUCAUCUCAUAUCAAUCUUUUGAUCUCAAACCCAAAUGUCUUGUCUUGGUGUACAGGACAAACGAAUGAAUUGGCCUUGUCGUUCCAAUAGUUUCCGAGGGGACUGCUUAUAUGGAAUAACACAUGAUGGGGGGCAUGUAGCCCAUGACGGGGUGAUGUGAUGCUGAAGUUAUUGGUUUUCCUAAAACAGCACGUCCUGUAGUAUUUUAUUCUGCUUAUAUUACAACAAUUUGCCAGCAAUUACAGUUUAUGUAAUGAAUGACACAUUUAUUAAUACGCAUAUUUAAAGUAAUUAUGAAAAUGAAACAUCAUGCACCCUCUGGACGAGGACAGGUUUUAUUCCGCUAGAGGUGUUGUCUCUUAUCAAGCGGCUGGAGCUGAAGUGGCAGCUUAGAGGAAAUACAGCAAGUGAGAAACAUCAAUCCUUGCAAUACAACAAUUCUUGCACUUAUCCAAUCAGCCAAUCAUGUGUCAGCAGCACAAUGUCAUGUGAUGAAAAAAUGUGAUUUCAGUGACUUUGACUGUGGCAUGUUUGUUAAGGCCGGAUGGGCUGGUUUGUAUAUUUCAGAAACUGUUCGUCUACUGCAAUUUUCACACAGAACAGUCUAGAGUUUACACAGAAUGGUGCGAAAAACAAAAAACAUCCGGUGAGCAAUAGUUCUCUGGGUGGAAACACCUUGUUGAUGAGAGAGGUCAGUGGAAAAUGGCCAGAAUGGUUCAGUUUGCGUUAUAAGAAUUUUGUCUUGGGACCCGCUGGUGGCUCAGAGUCCCUAAUCAUCCAACUGUUUAUGCCGCUUAUAGCUAGAAAUGGCCCUGCGUUUAGCCAUAAUUUGAAAAUUGUACCUUAUAUGAUGCAUGUGAGAAUUUAUUAUCAUUUAGGACAUUUAGUGAGCUGAUUCUAACUAGUGCACCUUAAAGUUUGAGAGAUGUUGCAAACAGCUAUGUAUUUCUUUAGUGUUUAGGUGCUGCCUGUUGGCUGGGUUAUAUGUUAUCUCAUGUGGGUGGCAUUUUACUUGAAGAAUAUAUUUAUUUAUUUAUUUUUUAUUUAGUUUUUAUUUUUUUGCUUCAUUGAGCCUUCUGAAAUAUGCCUCUCUAUUUGCUAAAUUCUUUUAGCGGAGUUUGUUAUGGCAGAAAAUUAAGGUAUUAAGGUAAUGCUUCUCAAAAUGGGGAUUGAGAAGCACAGCCAGGGGAUCUGUGAUUUUUUUUUUUAAAUUUAGUUAUAGUGGUGGAAACCUCUACCCUCCAUGAAUGAUCAAAGUUAUUAUAUUUAAUAUUACGUUUUUAUAGUUAUUAGCCAGAUUGACUGGUCACUUGAAUUGAAUGGCUGUAAUCCAAACCUUGAUAACUCAUAAACAAGUAGGCCUAUAAAUAAUGUCAACUUGGAUCUAUUGUGUUCUGAUUUCUGAAAUUUCAGAAAUAAAAAAGCUCUAUGCUUGUAAUAAACAGCCACAGUACUAUUGUGUACAUUUACAUAAUAAGCUGAAUAUUUGAAUAAAUGGAUUAUGCUCAGAUUGAGUCUGACUGCAGGAAGUUGAAGAACCCCUGAAUCUAGUGCGUGAGUGAGAUUUUGAUGACAUUGGCUAGGUUGUCAGUUCGUUAAAUUAGAGACAGAAUUAUUACAGGAAACCAUGGAACGAGGGGAAAUAUUAAUUUCUUUUCCAAUGAAAAGACAUAUGAUUUUUUUUUAUAAUAUGGCAAUACAUCAGCCUACACAUGAUCUGCUUUAAUUAUAAUGUUAUACACUGUAUUAUUUGUUCCUUUGUCAUCGAUUUUGUUUGCACAUACAUAUACAUAAAACUUUGUUCAGUUCUGUGAUCAUCUUUAACCCUUAACUCUAUAACCCAAUUAGCUGAUUUUGCUUAAAUGGGUAUGGAAAAUGAAUUAACUUGAUUAAUUUAGGUUUCACUAUUGACUCAAAGUUUUAGGGCAAACCUGAGCUAAAUGAACCAAGAUUUUGAAAUAACAUCCAACAAAUCUAGAUUUAGGUUUGUCAUAUACGUUUAAGUUACUUUUAUCUCUGUAAUUAAACGACUAUCUGCCCAAAGUCUUAAUACAGGUAUGUGCAUGUAACUCACCUGUACGACAAGAUGGUCAUUCAGGUCAACAGAGCAGUUUUACCCCAUGAUGCCCAGGGCAUGUCUUCUGCCUGGUUAGCCAGCACACUCAACACACUCAACACACAGCCAAUCCUCAGAUCAGUGUCUAAUACUGACUGCUGUACCCUUACUGCAUAACGAAUGUAUGCUUCUUUUUUAUUUCUAGAUAUUCCAAAAGGUUGCAUAAGACUUAACUACAGUGAAAGUGAAAUGCAUGAGAUUGUGUUGUGAGUUUCUUUCCAUGAUGUUUCUGUAAGCAUUUGUCUGUUUUUUUAACAGCACUUUAACAGUUCUAAAUAAAGGUUUUACUUCUCUUUUGGUUGCACUGACCCACAUUUAGAUUUCCUGGACUGUAGCUGAUUGCACAUAUCCACAAUAAUGUCUACUAUAAUGUCUAUAAAAGACGUUACCAGACAUUUAAAAAAAAUGUUUAAAAUGCAAAUUGGGGAAAAAGGUAUUCAGACACCACAAAUUAAAUAUUAGCACUUUGCUGCAAAGCUAUCAUUGGCAAGUAAAGCUUCAAGGCGUCUACAGUUAGAAGUAAUAAUAAGUUUUUUGGCAGCAUUAUGGUUCAGUUUUGGCUCUUCUUCUUGGCAAAUAAUUUUCAGUUCACCAAAGUUACAAGGAUCCUCUGACGGUCAUGCAAUUUCAAAAUCCUUCAUAAAUUUUCAACAAGAUUCAGGUCAGGAGAUUGGCUAGGCCAUGCAAGGGCUUCUCGAGUUGUUUUGGCUGCAUGCUUGGCGUCUUGAACUCCUUCGAUGAGGUUGGGAAAAGUAAGGACUCAGGAGGCAGGUGUGAGAGUAUGGUGUUGAUUUAUUUGGGUUUUAUUCCUCGGAGACUUUUAAACUGAAAUAUAAAUACUAAUCCAAAACAAAACGAAAAUCCUCCACAUUGGAAAAGCGAUUAACUUGAAUGAAUGGUGACAACACUUACAUUUUUAAUGCUAAACCAUUAA